AUGUCACACAGUAGUGGAAUAAGUAUAUCAAAAGCCUUAAUAGACGGUUUCAAGACUUUAAACGAAGGGCAUGGCCGUUUUAUUAAAGCUUCCAUUGAAGAAGAUCAAAUAGUACCGAAGUAUACCGAGCAGGGUACUUCUGAUUUUGAAGGGGACUUAGACUUAGUUUUGAAUCAGUUAGUCGAUGCCGAGCCGUGUUACAUUUUAUUUAGAACUGAAGAGAAGGAUGAUUUAUCAAAUGGGUACAAAUGGCUUCUUUUGUCCUAUAUCCCCGACAAGUCAAAAGUUCGUAUGAAGAUGUUAUAUUCCUCCACAAAAGCCAUUUUCCGUCAGACAUUAGGAGGGAAUGUCUUUUCCAGUGAAAUCCAUGGCACCGUCAAAGCUGAUUUUGGGAAGAGUGGGUAUGAGGCUUAUUUAAAACAUGAAGCCGCAGCACCUCCUUUGACUGAACAGGAAGAAGAACGUGAAAAAGAAAUAGAAUUAGGUACAGCGGGAUAUACAGUAUCUACUGGGAUGGCUACAGUCACUGCGUCGAAUGGAGUAGCUUUUCCCGUUGAAGAUGCUGUGACAGAAGCCGUCAAAAAGAUGUGUGACAGUGGGAACAACUUUGUAGAGAUUGGGAUUGAUAUCGACAACGAAAAAAUUGUUCUUCGCAAUGAAACACAAGCAACAAUUGAAGACGUCGAGAAGUUAAUAUCUAAAGAACUCCCUUCUUUCAUAUUCUUUAGAUGGGACCAUACUCAUGAAGAUAAGGAAUUCAAAUCUAUCAUCUAUAUCUUCUCAUGCCCAGACGGAAGUCAUGGAACUAAAAGCGCGCCAGUUAGACAAAGAAUGUUAUACUCAACGUCUAAAGGAGCUGUCGAAAACGUGUUGACUCAAAAUAACGCAGAAGUCACAUUAAAGGUCGAAAUCAACUCACCAGACGAUUUUAAGGUCGAUGAAAUCAAAGACAAAAUUCACCCACCACCAGUGGAAGAGAAAAAAAUGUUCGCGAAACCAAAACCAAAGUUCGCAAGAAAGAAAUAA